CCUCCCCGACGCGGACGCCGGCGCUUCGCCUGGCCACGCGACGCCCGCGCGCCCUCGUGGCUCUCGCUUCGCUCUCGCCUUCGUCGUUCAAUUGUUGUGAUUUACCGUUCCCCGUUGUCGUUCAAUUGUUGUGAUUUCGCAAUUGUCUCUGGCUCAAUCGGCUAUUUAUUGCUUUUUUUUAUCGUAAAUGUGCGAUUGUUGUAUUCCUGCAUUGGACAAAUCCAACCAUGAACUGGAUGCUUGCAUUUAAAUAAACUGAUAUGUGGGUAAUCCUCUUUAACACUUCUUUACGCAUUUACCAGCAGAGAGUAAAAUGAAGUAAUAAACUUGUGUUUGUGUGAUGUAAUAUUUCUUCCGGUUCCGAUCGUUGCGAUUGCCGGGCUUUGGCCGAAGACUCGUGACUUUCGGCGCGGGGUUGCGGCUGUGCCAUGCGGUCUCCACGGAGGGCGACUGUGAUCUUGACGCUGGUCCUAACCGUGUGCUGCGAAGUGUCGCACCUUGCGGCUCCGGGGUUCGCGCAGGUUGGAGGCGGAUUCAAGUACUCGGCCGCCACGGCGUCUGGAUCCACGAACGUGCUGCCGCACCUGCUCCCGGAAGAGACCGAUGAUAAAACUGUUUUCGACUAUAAAAGGGCACUUAAAUAUAGACCACCAUGA